CUAUCAGCUAUCGAAUCCUUCUCAUUUCGAGGAUUUCGAGACAUCAAGCCCAUCGACCUCUCGAGUCAAGAACACCGGAGAACACAAGCAACUGUCCUCGCGUGUUCCAGGCAUUUGGCGUUCCUACAGAAGCUUGUUGAAAGCUCAAUACAGACGUCAAGUAUGUCUGGGCGAGAAGGUGGAAAGAAAAAACCCUUGAAAGCUCCGAAAAAGGAGUCAAAGGAUUUGGACGACGAAGAUAUGGCCUUUAAGCAAAAGCAGAAGGAGCAGCAAAAAGCCAUGGCUGAGGCAGCUAAGAAAGCUGGUCAAAAAGGGCCACUUGUCAGUGGCGGUAUAAAAAAGUCUGGGAAAAAGUGACCCUUGCAGUUAUCAGCUGCUUAAAUAAUCCAUAAAUCUUUGCCAUAAACUGCCGGGAUAAAACAAUUACUAAUCUACAUCAACGGACCUUUACCAAGAACCUGUCCAGUCACUUUUACAUGCGAUUAUUUGUACUCACCACUUGGUCUUUGUAAAUAAAAAACUAUGACAUAGA